UCAACAGACAAUCUGAUAGUUUUAGAUUUCGAAAGUUCCAUUACAGAUAUCUAUAAUAUAUGUUCAGUCGACAGAAAGACUGAUCAAUGAUGUAUUUUAAUUUAUGUUUGGUAAUGUGUGUUUUAUCUUUAAUUGGAAGUUCCUACUCACAAGUUAUUUCAAAAGGAAAAUGUCCAGAUGUAAAAGUGGUAUCCGACUUUAAGCUUCCAUCGUAUCUUGGAGACUGGUACGAGAUAUACAAGUUUAAAGCAGAUUUUGAAAAUGGUCAAAGUUGUAUACAUGCCAAUUAUCAAAAGAAAGCAAAUGGUCAUAUACAAGUAUAUAAUAGAGGGCAAACACAAGAUGGUAAAAUAACAACUGCGAUUGGUGACGGAUACAACCCAGACCCAAACGAACCAGCUAAGCUUGCUAUUAAGUUUUCUCCAGUUGCUCCAUAUGGUAAAUACUGGGUACUGGAUACCGACUACACAUCAUACUCCUUAGUUUACUCCUGCACAGAUUUAUUUUCUGUUACACAUGUCGAGUUCGCCUGGAUACUGUCUAGACAAAGAACACUGGAUGUAGCCAUAUCAUCGCGACUUUUUAAUAUUAUGAAAUCUUAUAAUAUAGAAACUAGCAACUUUUCGUCAGAAAACCAAACAGAUUGCAAAAACUAAUAAACAUUAAUGCA